AUGUUCCGCACCUCUUCGCGCUCCCUCUGGCAGCUUGCCUCGAGGACUUCUCCCGCCAGAACCACCCUCCCACGCGCAUCAAUCGCACCUCUACUUCGCCAGCAGCGCGCUGUCUACUCUAGCAAAUCCGACCAGGAGAACCCUCCUCCCCCAAAGCAACCGAUUGACUACGAAGCUGAGCGCAAACGCGCACAAGAGCUUCUCCAGUCCAACCCUAGCCAUGUCUCUGUUGAGAGCUCCGUGGCCAAUACCUCCCCCAACCCCAGGGGGGCUUCAAAAGGUGACGAGCUUAUGGGCAACGAGCUCAAGCACGAUAUUGGCAUUGUCAAAGAUACUUUCACCUUUACAGACGUACCUCAAGAGUCGCGAAUCCUCGGUCUCGCCGGUACACUCCCUUAUCUCGGCACCUCUCUAUCCACUGUCUUCCUCGCCUGGGACUUGAACAAGAAUAUCCCUUCAGGAAAUGCUUUCUACGAUGCCAUCAUGAUCGACCAUGAGACAGCCAAGCACUUACUCACUGUCAUUGAGCCUAUUCAACUUGGUUACGGUGCUGUUAUCAUCUCCUUCCUCGGUGCCAUCCACUGGGGUCUUGAGUACGCUGAGAAGCAGCCUCUUCGCGAACGAACACGUUUCCGCUAUGGCAUGGGUCUCGCAUCAUCCGUUAUAGCCUGGCCAACACUCAUGCUCCCCGUCGAGUAUGCUCUCACUACUCAAUUCAUGGCAUUUGUCGGUCUCUACUUUGCCGAUACCAGAGCCGCGACGAAGGGCUGGGCCCCUCGCUGGUAUGGCUCCUACCGCUUCCUUCUCACAGCUAUGGUCGGCUUCUCCAUCUUCAUCUCUCUCAUCGGACGCGCCAAGAUCAAGCAAGGUGAUGCCAUUACUGCCAAGGGCUUGAGCAACAACUUCUCCAGAAGCGGUAUUGCAGAUCACGAUACCAACUGGGAGAAGCUAGAGGCCGAGGAGAAGGCCCGUCUGCAGAAGGAGAAGAAGGAAAAGGAAGAGAAGGAGGCCAAGGAGGCCGAGAAGAAGAAGAAGGAAGAAAAGAAGGGUAAGAAGAAGGACAGCAAGGGAGGUGACAAGGAGAAGAAGGGUGACGACAAGGCCAAGGCUUCUGAAGAGAGUGAUAAGAAGGGUGAUGAUAAGAGCGAGGGUAAGGAUAAGGAUGCGGAGAAGUCUGAGUCUAAGGAGACUGAGGCUAAGGAUGAGGGCAAGGAUGAGAGCAAGAACGAGGGCAAGGAGGCCAAGGGAGACGAGAAGAAGCCCGAGUCCAAGGAUGAGUCCAAGGAUGAGUCCAAGGAUGAGUCCAAGGACGACGACAAGAGCGAAGACAAGAAGGCCAAGUCCAAGGAUGAUGGCAAGAAGUCCGAAGAGGAAUCAUCAGACAAGAAGUCAAAGGAUGACUCUGAGAAGAAGGAUGACUCAGAAAAGAAGGACGACAAAGAAGACGAGGACAAGUCUGAGGACAAGAAGGACGACGGUGAUAAGAAAGAGAACAAGUCCGAUGACAAGGACAGCGACAAGUCCAAGGACGACAAGUCCAAGGAUGACAAGUCCAGGGAUGACAAGUCCAAGGAUGACAAGUCCAAGGACAAGAAGGAGAAGAAAUAA